AUGGCAACAGAACAAAUAAUGUUUGUGAAGGCUGCUGAUGACGCAGAUGCAGGGGAUAAGGAAUUAAUGUCAAAAUUAUUCACCGUGGUGUUUAAAUGUUUUAAGGAUGCUGAUUGGGGCACGUGCGGUGAAAUGAUAACAACUAAAUAUGAUAUAACUCAAGCUAAAUAUAAGCAAUGUACAUGCCACAUGGCGUGUGUCGGAGAAGAUCUUGGAAUGGUAAGAUUCAAAGGGGUGGAGAAAUGCGAUCUCGCCGAGCAAUUUGCUAUAUGUGCUUUUAAGGAAUYGCCAGCACUGAAAGAACGGAUGACCACGUUAUUGGAGAUGUUAGUGAAGAUGAAACCAAAAUCGAAAUAAAUCCCUGCAGUCACCCAUACUAAUUUGUCCACUUUCAAAUCUGUUUUCUUUAAUAACAUUAUAUAGACCUACCUAUAGGUAAAUACUGUUAAUACUUACAAGACCAAUUAUAAUUAUAUUUAAUAAUUUAGAUUUUCGAUUUACCUAUAAGAUUAAAUAAACAUGCAAUUUCAAU